GCGUCACUUCCGGCUUCUCUUCGCUGCUGGCUCCGGGCGCGGGCUGUGAGGGAAUCGCUCGUGUCCCGAGUUCCUCGGAACCAUGGCGUCCCUUUCCCUUGCGCCUGUUAACAUCUUCAAAGCUGGAGCUGAUGAAGAAAGAGCAGAGACAGCUCGUCUGUCGUCUUUCAUUGGUGCCAUCGCUAUUGGAGACUUGGUAAAGAGCACCUUGGGACCCAAGGGCAUGGACAAAAUUCUUCUAAGCAGUGGACGAGAAGCCUCUCUUAUGGUAACUAAUGACGGUGCCACUAUUCUGAAAAACAUUGGUGUUGACAAUCCAGCUGCUAAAGUUUUAGUUGAUAUGUCUAGGGUUCAAGAUGAUGAAGUUGGUGAUGGCACCACCUCUGUUACUGUUUUAGCUGCAGAAUUACUAAGGGAAGCAGAAACUUUAAUUGCAAAAAAGAUCCAUCCACAGACCAUCAUUGCUGGAUGGAGAGAAGCCACAAAGGCUGCGAGAGAGGCUCUGUUGAGUUCUGCAGUUGAUCAUGGUUCUGAUGAAGUUAAGUUCCGUCAGGAUUUAAUGAAUAUUGCAGGAACAACAUUAUCCUCAAAACUGCUUACUCAUCACAAAGAUCACUUUACUAAGUUAGCUGUGGAAGCUGUUCUCAGACUGAAGGGCUCUGGUAAUCUGGAGGCAAUUCACAUCAUCAAGAAGCUUGGAGGAAGUUUGGCCGAUUCCUAUUUAGAUGAAGGCUUUCUGUUGGAUAAAAAAAUUGGAGUAAAUCAGCCAAAGCGAAUUGAAAAUGCUAAAAUUCUUAUUGCAAAUACUGGAAUGGAUACAGACAAAAUAAAGAUAUUUGGUUCCCGAGUAAGGGUUGAUUCUACAGCAAAAGUUGCAGAAAUAGAACAUGCAGAAAAGGAAAAAAUGAAGGAGAAAGUUGAACGUAUUCUUAAGCAUGGGAUAAAUUGCUUUAUUAACAGGCAAUUAAUUUAUAAUUAUCCUGAACAGCUCUUUGGUGCUGCUGGUGUCAUGGCAAUUGAGCAUGCAGAUUUUGCAGGGGUGGAACGCCUAGCUCUUGUUACAGGUGGUGAAAUUGCCUCUACAUUUGAUCACCCAGAGCUGGUGAAGCUUGGAAGUUGCAAACUUAUUGAGGAAGUCAUGAUUGGAGAAGACAAACUCAUUCACUUUUCUGGAGUUGCCCUUGGUGAGGCCUGCACUAUUGUUUUGCGUGGUGCUACUCAGCAAAUUUUAGAUGAAGCAGAAAGAUCGUUGCAUGAUGCUCUUUGUGUUCUUGCCCAAACUGUCAAGGAUUCUAGAACAGUUUAUGGAGGAGGCUGCUCUGAGAUGCUGAUGGCUCAUGCUGUGACACAGCUUGCCAAUAGGACACCAGGCAAAGAAGCUGUUGCAAUGGAGUCUUAUGCUAAAGCGCUAAGAAUGUUGCCGACCAUCAUAGCUGACAAUGCAGGCUAUGACAGUGCAGAUCUGGUUGCACAGCUCCGAGCUGCUCACAGUGAAGGCAAUGUAACUGCUGGACUGGAUAUGAAAGAAGGUACUAUUGGGGAUAUGGCAGUACUGGGUAUAACAGAAAGUUUCCAAGUGAAGCGACAAGUUCUGUUGAGUGCAGCUGAAGCAGCAGAGGUGAUUCUACGUGUGGACAACAUCAUCAAAGCAGCACCAAGGAAACGUGUUCCUGAUCACCAUCCUUGUUAAGCAUUCCCAUAUGUAUGCUCUUGAUCUCUGGACCAGUUAUAGCAGAGUUGUAUUUGAAAAGACUUCAACCUCGUUAAGAAGACUGUGGAGUUCAUGUUUAUCUGUGCCCAUUAUGUCCUUCAGUUUGGACAUUUAGCUGACCUUUUAUUUUAACAUGGGUCUAAUUUAUUUUGUUUGAUUUUUCCAUACAGUUCAGUUGAAUUAAAAGUUCAUUUCUCUUCCAGUGCAUUUAAAUAAAA